AUGAUGAGAACACCAAGCAUUGAUGAAAGUGGUAUGAAGAAGGGGCCUUGGAGCCAAGAAGAGGAUAAGGUAUUAGUGGAUUACAUUCAGAAACAUGGUCAUGGGAGUUGGAGAGCCCUUCCUCAGCUUGCAGGGUUGAACAGGUGUGGAAAGAGUUGCAGGCUAAGGUGGACUAAUUAUCUGAGGCCUGAUAUCAAGAGGGGGAAAUUCUCUGAUGAAGAGGAGCAACUCAUCAUCAAUCUACAUGCAUCUCUUGGCAAUAAAUGGGCAACUAUAGCAUCUCAUCUUCCAGGGAGGACUGAUAAUGAGAUUAAGAAUUUAUGGAACACCCAUUUGAAGAAAAAGCUUCUGCAAAUGGGGUUAGACCCAGUGACUCACUGUCCAAGAUCAGAUCACAUGAACAUUCUCAGCAAUCUUCAACAGAUAUUGGCUGCUGCAAACAUUGUCAGCAGUUUCACAAACCCUUGUGACAUGAUCCAUGCUCUGAUGCUCCACUCAGAUGCCACAAAUCUUGCCAAACUCCACUUGCUGCAGAACAUGCUUCAAAACAACAAUUUCCAAAACAUUUACAAUGGUUCUGUUGCUUUUCCUUCUUUGCAUCAAAUUCAGCCCAGUUUCCAAAACUUUGAAGCCCCUCAACACUUGAGUGGUGGCAGAGAUGAUAUUAGUAAUUACAGGGAAUGUCUAAAGUUUGAUGAACAACUUGGUUUGUCGAACAUUGCUGACCCAACACCAUCAAAUUCCCUUCCAAAGCUGGUUUCAGCUUCACCUGAAUGUUCCCCAGUUAAUCAAGAAGAAAACAUGGCAAACCAUAAGGAAUGGUCUAACUUCGACCCUUCUUCCACCGCCUUUGAGACUUGGGGAGAAUUCAUGAGUGAAGAUACAAGCGAAACUUAUUGGAAAGAUUUCAUGGAGCAACAUUCUAACCAGCCUUGGUCGACAGUCCCAUGAAAGAUCACUGCAUUUGAGGGUUAUAUUAUGCCAGCAAUAAUGGGAAGCUACUUAGUUUUCCAAAUAAUCAAUUCUAACGCCUAGAAGCUACCUACAUAAGUUUCUGCCCAUAACUGAUUUUGACUUUUGCAACGAAGGAUUUCUGAACAUAAACAUAAGAAGGCACCAUAUGGUAUAUUAAAAUAUGAACUUUACACCAUGGAGAUUGUAAUUAAUAUCACAGGCCACAUAUCACCCUAUGAUGUUCACAUUCUUGUAUAAAAUGCAGUAGCAGGCUUUCCUUCUUAAAUGCAGUCUUUAUAUGUUUACAAAACUUAUGUGUGAAUGGUUGGAACUGAGACAUGAUUAAGAAGAUGCUUGAAAUCCACUUGUGUCUCGGCUUCUUUUUUCCACAUAGAGACCUCAGUUGAAACUUAAAGAAUGGGCAAAAGUAAGUGAAUAUACUUGUACUGAAGACAUUAAAAUAUAUGUUCUUCAUCAAAAAGUUACUUGGACCAGAAAGAUGAAACAAACUCAAGUCCAACUUGUAUAACAAUGCCCUUAGACUAUUUGUUUAUGCAAUAAUUUCCACCUAGCUUGACAAUAAAUAAGCAACAACGAAAAUCAAAUGGUAUAAUUUACUCAAAAAGUGAAGUUAGUGUGUUCUUCUUUCAAUAACUUAUUCAUAGUCUAUCUUUUGAUACAAAGUCAAGUGUUUUUGUUACCGGUUAGGUAAGACUACUUCUUUUCAUUUGGACCCUACAAAGAAGGCAAAUAGAUUGAAUAGUUUCUGAAAAUAAAACUAAAAAAAUUUGCUAUUACUAUUAUUAUUAUUAUUUCUACCACUUGUUCUGUUUCGGUUUAUGCUACUACCACGGCUGCUACUGCUACUACUAUUAUUAUUAGGAGCACACUUAUGGCGCACCCAAGCACUACUCCAUAGAAGGUUUAGGUUCCUCUGUUUUCAAUUCAAUGCAAUGCUUUAUCUCAGAUAAUUUUUCUUGCAAAAUAAUCAAAUUUUUAGAAGCACA